AUGGAUUUCCAGACCGAGUUUGAAGCAAUCCAAGUACCUUAUGAACGUCGAUUUGGUUGGGUAUUUUUGGUGAAUUGGGCACAGCUGAUAUUAAUUAAUGUGUUUACAACAUUUUAUCUUUGGAGAGCAAUUGGAUACAUAGUAACGAAGAUUCUCAAUUGGGUUAUAUGGAAGCGGUACAAAGUAGUAAUAAACAUCCAAUCUCUUGGGUUCUCUAUUAUAGGUGGUAAAGUUUAUUUCAAGAAUAUCUCAAUUACUGAUAGGGAUCAAACUAUUUCAAUUUUAAAGGGAACAUUUACUUGGAGAUAUUGGCUACUGAAUCCUCGCCCAACACAACUGAAAAAUUCAAACAUAAAUGAUGAGAAUUCGAAAUGCAGGUUUAAAUUGGAGUGCGAUGGUGUGGAACUUUUCAUUUAUAAUAAAAUUGCUGUAUAUGAGGAUAUAUUAAAUGAACUGGCAAAGUCAGAUAAGGAUAGCUCUCGAAAGUUUGCAACAGAUGAUGAAUCAAUAUUUGGAAGAGUAAAGACAGAUUCCAGUGUCAUGUUUGACCCUCUAGAUGAAUCUAGUGAGCAAUCUAAAGUUGGCCAGACUAUAUUGAACUCAGUUUCUAAUCAAUCAGCGGUGCCACUCUAUUUAGAUUUUUUACCGGCUGAAGUUAUAUUGUCCAGCGGGGCCGUAGUAGUUGGUAAUAAGCACACGCCAUCUGUGGCAAUCAUUCAAUAUGCUAGAAUCGAGGGUAUAAUUGAUGUGGCUGGUCCAACAUCGAAUCUAGAUCAGUAUAAGUUGAGGUCAGAAUUUGAACUGAGCAGUACGAGAGUUUCUGUUAAACCUAACAUAUCAUUUGGAAAUGGCAGUUCCUCAAAGAAACAUAAAAUAGACGGAAAGCCUUUCAACUUAUGGCAGAAGCUUAAAGACUGCUUACUGUUUACAAUCUCACAUAUACUGGCAUUCACAGGGAAUAAAAAAGGUCUAACUGGACAAGAGGAAUUUUUGACAAGUUGGAAAGGUCUGGCAAUGUAUGACGUUGCUACAAGUGAUACGUUUAGCGAUGAAAUUCCGUUUGAUUUGCAGAAUCACGAAUAUGCAAAAUACACUACCAUCUUAAAUGCUGAUCGAAUAAAGUUACUGUAUUCUUAUGAUACUCCUGGAGUUAUUACAGAGACUCUGAUUAAAGGUUAUGAGAACGGUGAUAUCCCUCCUUCCCCUGAAUAUUCAAUAGAUGUUCAACUUUAUGAUGCAAACUUUUACUACGGUCCAUGGGCUCAUCGACAACUUCAAUAUUUUAUCAAGAUGUUUUCUCCUGCAGUUUCACGAGAUUUUUCAGCUCACCGGAAACCCGUUCUUGGUAAGUCAAGGGAGCAUGCUAAUUUUAGGUGUGAAAUAGUUAUUAUGGAAGAUUCUGUUUGGCGCAUACCUACAAAGGAGCCCAGCAAAGAUGCUGCAUUUUUGGAUAAAUACAAAUCGACAAAUGAUGAAUCCAGAGCAUUUGGUUGGAUCGAUAUAAAAUUGAACAAAGACACGAAUAUAUCUAUUGAACUUGGGCUUCAGGCUUCAGAAUGUGGUUUUGAAAAUACUUUUCAUGCGAAUUUAGUCAAUCCAGUUAUCAUAACGAGUGUUAAUCACGAUGUCUUAUUUAAUGCAAAAGCUCAUCAAAUUAUUGCACGCCAAUCGUAUCCUCAUCAAUGGAAUAGUGCAAUUACAUGGGCCCUGCAUUUCAUAUCCUCGGAUUUAGAGUUAUUCAUUCUCCGUGAUCAUUUUAAUUUGUUGGUUGAUCUCUUCACUGAUUUUGCAUCUGGAGAUGCUGUACCAUAUGAAUUGUUUAGGCCUGUCCUUUAUCAGUUUUCCUGGGAUAUUUCGAAUUAUUCGUUAUAUCUAAAUGCGAACGAUGCGAACAUUGUUAACAACCCUCUAGAUUUUAAUGAGAACUGCUAUAUAUCAAUUCAUGGUAAUUCUGCUAGAAUAGGUGUUAAAUUGCCUAUAGAAACAAUUUCUGAAGAGUCAAUUACCAUAAGUUAUGAAAUUUAUACUCCGAAAUUCGAUAUCCAAUUAAAGACUCCUCCGUGGCACACAUUGCAUGAAUUUAUGGCACAAAGAUUCGUGGGUAGGUCUCACGAAUUUUCAGCUAGUGGUUCCUAUUUGUCAUAUAAUGAUGUGGACAUUGAUAAUGUUGAUACUAUAAAUCUUGAGUGCAAAACAAAUCAUGCUACCUUUCUCGCUUAUGGUUUUCUGUUAAGGUAUGUGAUGAAUUUAAAACUCAAUUAUUUCGGCGAGUUUGCCCAAUUUCGUACAACCGAAGAGUAUUCUGAGGAAUUAGCACAAAGAAACGAUGUUGCUACAGACAUAUUCAACAACAAUGAUGAUGAUCAGACUACUGAAUUAGUUGAACCGAAUAGCUAUGGGGAGUCAGGAUUCGAUAUUCUACAUGGAAAGAAAAUAGACAAAGCAUCACUGAAGAGAACUGUCAAUGAGAAAGAUAUUUGGGUCACAUUUUUCUUUGAGGAUGGUUGUUUUGUGCUUCCAGAAAGCUUUUAUGACUUUAAAUCCUGUUUUGGACUACACUUUGAUAAUAUUACAUUUGACAUGCGAUAUCUAAGUUAUUAUGCAGAUUUAGCAUUUAGCAUGAAUUCCACCUAUAUUAAGAGGUAUCCUGAUGUUUCUUCAAAUUCAGUUUUCGAUGUCUGUGGAAGUAAUCCUUUUAUAACAAGCAAUUAUGACGGAUACUUAUCUGAAUUCAAUAUUCAUAUUCAUCGAAUGUUUGGCUUACCACCAGCAGAAGAGACCUAUUUAUUCAAAAUUGAUGUUAGCUUGGGUUAUCUAUCUUUCGAAUCGGACAUUGAAGCUCUCAAAGGAUUUAUACAAUUUAUCACUAAAUUCUCUUUUGGAUUUGAUAAUUUUGAAGAUGUUCUACACUAUGAAAUGGCUAGAUCCUUUGAUAUUAGCUGUCUUUCCUUUUUCGCUGAUGAUAUAUCGAUUAGGUUAAACAACAUCGACACUAAUAAAUUCAUUUCACUCAGCAUCCCCAAUGUAUCACUUAAGUUGUUAGAUUUUGGAACUUCAAAAUAUUCUUUGAGAGCAAACAUAGACAUACCAAAUUUUGAUUUUUUGGUUUCAUCAAUGGAUGAUCAUAAUAUUGUAUUAGGAACUAUCUCAACAUCUAUAUCCUUUGCUAUUUUUUCGCGCAACCCAGACUUCAAAACAACCAAUAAUUUGCAAACGCAGCAUAUUCUAUUGAGUGAUGCACCAUUUUGUAGGUGCAGCUUUCUUCAUCCACAAGAAUACCAAACAUCAGAUCUCUAUAAAUUAUUGUAUGCCUCUAUUCCCCCAAGUUCAUCAAUUCCAUUACUGCCAGAACCAAUUGGACCAAAUAAUUUCGAUACCAUAUUUGAGAAUUUGCUAGGUGAUAUAUACCAAGAUUACAUUUCAGAAGGAACUUUCGAUAUUUCAAACGAUACCAAACUACAACUUAAUAUUGAUGAAUUUAAAAAACAUUCAGAAAACUCCUUUUCAAAGCACAAAACAAAAAAUCUUACAAUAGAUAUUGUAGAUGAACUACAUGAAGUGAGAAGUUUUGUUUUUGAACUGCCACAUAUAAAUAUAGAUAUCCAUAUUGAUGUUCUGGAAGUUUUUGCCGACUUAUACCGUCAAUUAACAACAUUUACAAUAUCCGAUACCAUAGAUGGUCUUGGGGUGGAUAUCGUAAACAAUUUUUCCAAAACGUUUUUUGGAGCUUCCAGUGUAACAGAAGCGAAGGUAGUUUGUCCCAGGAUUGAUUUUAGGUUAAGAAUGUAUGAAUAUUAUGCUUUAGAAGAUGUGAAGCACUAUUUUGUGUCAGAUAUUAAUAAGCUUGAUUUGAAUUUAAGGUUAAGACAGGAAUAUGAUAAGGAAUCUGCGAAUUCUGAGAUGAACUCGAAAAAUAAGCUUUCAGUUUAUUACAAAACUGCUUUGAUUAAUGGUAAAAUGCUUUCCAAAGAAAACUUCAUUUAUCCUAGUGAAAGCUCAGAGUUUUCUUACAAGUCUACUUUUGAAGAACUUGAGGGAUAUGCAUUCUACGAUGAUGAUCUAGUAACUGAUGCAAACUUGCAAAGAGGGUGUGUAUUCAUUAAUCAGGAACAUUCUGACUCAAUAUCGGAAUUUAUUAAAACACUAUACUUAAAAUUUAACACCUUUAUAAAGAGUGUUACGAUUUCCAAGAAUUUUAAUAAAUCUAUGAAACGAGAAUUACUCAUUAGAAUUGCUCAAGCAGGACAAGACUAUGGGAUUCAGCAUGAUCCACCAGUUAUCACAAAACCCGCAGUUAUUACGAGGCUUUCGCGACAUCAUGUAAGGGAGUCCAGAAGCUGGAGAAUUGUAACCCGCUUAAGACAUGUUUUGAAUUACCUCCCGCAAUAUUGGUAUGAAACCACAUCACUUGAAUUACAAAAAGGAAAGUUUAGAUCAGAAGAGGAUGCUAAAUUACAGUUUUUGGAUAUAUUUACAAGGUGGAGGAGUUGGGAAUUCGCCGACGUAGAAAGAUGUUUUCUUUAUAAGAAGACAUAUAUCCCCGCUGAAGUCACUUUUGCUAAAACUAUAUGCUUUUCGUCGGAUCUUCUAACUAUUAGCUUCAAUGAACGGGAUAAGGAACACCUUUUCAUGAAUAGCUUUAUGAUAGAUAUCAGGAAUGACUGUUAUGUUUCUUCAGCUGUUGGUGAAUCUAUGGCAGCAAAAUCCAAUAACGUUUACAAAACUGUCGUUUCCCUGGAUGAACUCCAAAUAAAUGUUGACAAGAAGAUCAUACUAAAGCUCUCUAAGCUCAUUCACACACUUAAAUUCGAAUACGUGUACAGCAAUCCUAUAGUGGUGGCUAAAGAUGCUAACGGUCGCUGUAAAAAUAUAUCAUUACAAUUAAAUAAGAUAACGACCAACUGCUUCCUCGGAAAUGUUUCCCUUGGUUUUAUCUUUGAAAGAAUUUACGUUUAUUCAUUAAUAGAUACACUGGAUAGUGGGAACAAUUCAUUGCUCUCUGUUUUGCUCUUUUUUGAUGUUGCUAAAUUGUUCUUUAGGUAUAAAACCAGAAAUUUGUUUUCUUUAGACUUUACUGAUUUGCAUUUUAAUUUAACUUACCUGAGUAAACAGAAGACUUACGGAUUUUAUCACUCUGCAGAGUUUAUGAAUAUUAACUCCUCCAUUCCAUCAAUUAACGAUAUUAUCGAAGCGAAUAACGAGAUCCGUUUGCACAUCAAUGAGAUAGGGCAAGAUUUUGCAUCUAAUAUACAGUAUACUGAACUACCGGUAUUGCCGGAUUCGCAGGUUUUAAAGCCAAUUGCAAUGGUUAAGAUGAAUAUAGCUGCGAUCAAUAUUCAGCUACAACUGCUGCUCCCAUUCAUUCUCCGAUACUCAUGCAAGGAAUUCGAAAUAAAUGUAGAUUUUGGCAGGAUCCUUCAGUCUUCAUUGUCCUUACAAGAUACUUCCGUGGAACUAUUAUCAUUAGAGUUUCAAGAACCUUACAUGAAGUACUCCCAUUCAUAUUUGAAACUUAUUGGAAUGGAUUUAGGAAAUACUGAUAAUCUCGGAAGAAUUAGUUUAGAUUCCAGCUUUUCUAAGUUAUCAAUCUUUGAACCAAAAAAGAAUAUGCGAUUAUUUCUAAGUGAUAUCGAGCAAGCGGUGAAAAAUAUAGAAAUAUUGAGAUCCACGAUGCUGGAAACUAAAUCGUCUACCGUUCAAAAUGAAUUCCCAUUUUCAAGAUUGAUCCCAAUUCAACUGAACCUAAAUGUUGAAUACAUUGGGUUGCUACUGGAUUUUGGAACAACUCUUUACGUUCUUGAAUUUAACAAUCUUGAGUUUUCCUUUUCAAAAGAUAAAACAUCAUCAAACCCAGUCGUUCCAACCUUCAGUAGCGACUACUCUUCAGAGUCUAUCUGUUUCUUGAUAAAGGAUAGAAGAGUUAAGGAAACUUUGUCAAAAGUCUUAGAUUUUUCUUUGAGAAUCAAAGUUAUCAGGAGCUCACUUUUGGCAAUUCAGUCACUUCAAAUUGAAAGCUCCUAUCUUCAUGCAGUACUUUCACCCAUGUCUUUGGUUCGUCUGUUGUCAUUUGUUAAUGAAUUUUCAAUAAUGAAGAGCAUCUAUCAUGAUAUAAAACCACGAUCCACUUCUAGUAAUUCAACUCUUUCCAUCUUGCCCAUAUCAAUUAAGUCUGCCCAUAUUUUAUCUUACAACCUAUGUAUAGGAUGGUUAUUUGAUCUGGGCUACAACGCUAAUGAAGGUUUAAUUUGGGGAUAUGAAAGGUUAUUUGCUGUAUAUGACAAGCCAUAUGGUAAAUUAACUCUUCUUGAUGCAUAUUUCUCUGUUGCACAUGGAUUUUCCUCUAGUACAUACUACCCCGAUGGUAACGAGAAGGGCGCUAUGAAUCGCAGUUACUUACCCAGUAUGCAAAUCAACUAUUGGUUAGAAGAAGAAAACGGUACAAAGGAUCUAUUUAUAAGAGUUAAUGGAGAAGAAUUAGACGUCAGUUUAUUGGCUUGGUGGUUUACCAUUGUCGAUGAAGCAACUCAGUCGCUUCACAAAUUUAAGAAGCUAAAAGAAACUAUUCUUGAUCCAUUAAAAGUAACGUCAAAUGAUCCCAUACUUGGAGAAUGGAACUAUUUAGAUAAUCCUUUAGCUUCAAGCGUGAGAUCUAUUAAUUGCAUUAUUAAUUAUGCUGGUAGCUCUAUGAAGCUUUAUUCUCGUGAUGAUAUUCAACAUGGUACUUGUUCAUUUGAAAUAAGGAGCCCAGCUCAUACAGUUACUAUUGACUACAAAUAUUAUCCUUCAAAGAAGAAGUCGCACUGGAUAAGAACCUUGGCUACUGUGAAUACAACACAUAAUACUCUGUUUCCUGUCUGUGUACCAUUAUUAAAUGAAAUGUGGCUGACUUUUAACACUAUGUUGAAGAAUUCUUGUUCACAGUUUUCUAAUGGUGCCCCAAAUCUGGCUUCUGCGAAAGCUGAAAUUAAUUACAGAGACUUGUUAGAAGCAUUUGAUAUUGCCGUGAUCAUUAACGUUGGCAAACAAGAAAUUAGCUUAACUUGUGAACCUACCGCUAAGAUUCAAGCAACUAUAGGAUUUGAAAAGUUUGAUAUCAAAAUAUUUACUAACAGCAUGGUUCCUGAUGAACCUCUAUGUCUCUCUGUUGAUUUGCACAACUUAAUGGCAUCUUCGAGACAUGUAUUCUCCCGUGAAAUAAGCUCUUCGCUGAGUUUACAACAAAUAAGCAUGGUUUUCAGUCUAACUCAUUCGGAAUAUAUUCACACUUAUGGAUCAACUCUGAUUUCAAAGCCAUUAUUCUACUUUAAUGUUAAACAAAUUGAGGAUCUCAAUUUAUUCUUAGAAAUUUGGUCAAUUGAAAAACAGAAGAGUGUUAAUGAUAUCAUUUUGGCUCCUGUAACCGCUUCAUCAUUUGAAAGUGUUCCUAGUAUGCCAAAAUUACAGAGGGUUCCGAUUAAUGCUACUUUUAGCUGGGACUACUUGCUUAUAAUCUCUGAAAUUGGAGCUGAAAUUGAUCUUGGGCCUUCUUUAGGGCUCGUAAAAGUAAAAUCAGAUAACUUAUGGGGGUUGUCAAGUCAUAAUAUAGACUGGACACAAAAGCUAUUAAUUUCCAUGAAAGAAAUUUGCAUGUCCUCUAGCGGUAGGCUUGGUGGAUAUGUAUUUAUCAAAGACAUUGUUUGGAAAUCUAAAAUUACCUGGCCUAUUAUAAAUAACUUUCAUGGGGUUCCGCUGGUUGAGCUAUCCCUAGCCCUGGGUGCGUUUAACACUAAACUGUCAUUUGAUUAUCAUAUGUUCUUUAUUUCUACCAUUCAAAAUGCAGCUAUUGAACUUUUUAAUCAACAGGAUGAAAGAGGCUUUUUGGCAGACUUAUUAUCUGUUUCUGUAUCGGUAGAUAAUAUCCAGGUUUUUAUUACAUCUUUGGCAUACGCAAACUUGUUUGAUAUUUACAGUACCAUUAGAAGGAUGAGAAAUGACAGUGGCCGCACAAACUUAGAUCUAUUAGAGUCCAAUGAACUCAAAAAGAUCAGUUCAUUUGAUAAUUCAAAAAUGCUUGCUUCAUUACUCUCAUUGAGAACUGAGCUAUCGGUCAACGCUCAAUUAUUAAAUUUGCAUAUUUUCUCUACCACCUUGAUUGGUACUGAAGUUGUCGUGUUGAGGACAAGAAAGGUAAUUGCAAAUACUAAAAAUGAAGCAAGCUCUAAGACUACCUCAGACGCCAAAGUCCAAACAGAGUUGACAUGGCAGCUUCAAGAUAUGUCUUUGUCUUUAUCAUCUUUUAAACACCAACUAGACGAAAACCAACUAGAUAAGAUUGAUGUUAUUGAUUAUGUUAAACUAGCUUCAAUUAUUCAUGGUGGUAUUAUUCUAGAAGCACCAUCCAUAUUUGUGACAAUGAAUACCUGGCAAUCUCAAUAUUCGAAUGUUAUCGAAUUACUGUACUCUAGCAGCUUUGGUAAUGGUGUUUCUAUUACAUGGAACCUUCGUCCAAUUAACUUUAUCAAAGAUAUGUGGAGUAUACACAUAAAUGCAAUGAAAUUGCGUCAUAUGCAGAAAGGUAAUUCGUCCGAGAUUCAUAUUCCUAAAGAUGAGGAUAUUGAAGCUAAACUUGCCAAAGUGGAUCUUGGUACGAAGUACAUAUAUAAACCGCUGGAGGAACCAAAUAUUGAAAUGCCCAAAAUUAAAGAUUUGGGAGAUGCUACUCCACCUGUAGAAUGGUUUGGUUUAAAUAGAAGUAGAUUUCCAGGAUUGACCCACCAAAUUGUAGUUGUACCAUUGCAGAAGUUAUCAGCUGUAGCUGAAAAAGAAUACGUAAGGAUUUUAGGGAAAGUGUAA